AUGCAAAGGAUUAAUCUUUUUAAUUGUCAACAUAAAUAUAAACAUGUUGAUGUCGUUGUAAACUUCCUUAGUAGUUGUUAUCAAGCUGACUUUAGAGGAUCUCUAAACUUUAUAUCUUCAUCAUUAGUUAAUAGUCCAAGCCAAUGUGAACAGAUAUUUAAUAAUUCUUAUAAUGUUGGAACUUUUAUAAAGUUAAAAGAGAUAACAGUGUUGAAUAACAACGGUCAUGUUUAUUGUAUAGUACAACAUUCCAACGAUGACUAUCAAUGGAUAUUCUAUGUAGAUAUGAAUGCUCUAAAGAUAGCCGGAUGGGAUCAACGUAACAAUGGCAACUAUAGAAAUCCAUCGGAGAACAAUCAACAGAUUAAAGAGAUAUUAAGAAAUAGAGAUGUAGCACCUCAACUUGGUUCGGUACAGCAACACAAUGCUUCGGCAACAUUCAUUCAAUCACAGAGGAAUAGAAUCGUUCGAUUCGAAUGGGAUACACCGGUUUCAAAGUCUGAUGUUUCAUCCAAUGGUUUGGUGGAGCUACUGAUGCCUUGUAACAGACCGUACCAGAAACACAUUAAAUUCCAAGUGCUCAGUCCAUCUUUUCAAUUUGUAGAUCACUAUGAAUCGAAUGGAAAUACCUAUGUUCGUGUUAGACCUACCUCCAACUUUCACUUUAAUACACAUGUAUCUUACAGUCUAGAUAUCGAAUUCGAUUCUACACCUAUUCAAACAGAAGUCUAUACUGGCCAAUGGAGUCUGACACACGACGAUCCAAAACAAUAUCUUGGUAUUACCUAUCAUACAUCUGCUCGUCUCGAUCCAACGCAUCCACAUAUCCGUCAGUUGCUGACCAGUAUCACUUCGACCUUACCACCGACAGCAAGAUCCGAUCCAGCAGAGAUUGCUAAAGCCAUUGCAUAUUGGGUUGGAAAUGUUCCCUAUCAGAUGAUUGAACCGGGUAUGAGUUGGCCUACUCUAGAACAAUACAUCCAAAGUGGUUACAAGUAUAUGGAGUGUGGAGGACAUGCUAUCUUUUUUGUUUGUUUGGCACGCGCUGCUGGCAUACCAGCAAGAAGAUUGUUCCACCCUUGGAUCGUUACUUCUCACGACAAGUUCCAAAGAUUCGAUUCACAUUGUAUUGCAGAGUUUUAUCACCCCAAGUUUGGAUGGGUACCAGUUGAUGCAACAACAAAAUUCAAUCACACCAACAAUCAACAGUGGUUCCGUGUUCCAAAGCCAGUACCAUCUUCUUGGCCAAACAGCAUAGUAAUGACCGCAGAGAAAUCAAACAUUACAAAAAUGUAA